GUUCCCAAAAGGUUACGACUUGGGCAUAUUAAACAAUAACUUACUCUAACAUUAUGUUUAUUAUGUCAACAAGAUAAUUGUGCGAAUAAGAUUAAUAAUAAUGCAAAAAAGAUCAAGAGAAUCUAAAAUUAAAUAUAUACUUUAAAGGUGUAUGAGAAAAUAACCUACUUUUUUACUAUUUUUUAUUAAUCUGCCUGGAAAAAAUAUCCUAUCGUCUGUCCUUCAUUGUAAAUCAAGUGUAGUUUGUUUAAUUUGUAAAUCAGUGUUAAUGUACUGUGGACUAUCAAAACCGCCAGUUAAUGUGACCGAGCACCUGCACAGGCAGCCUAGAGGGCAGAGGGGGAUACCAAAGAUAAAUCUGGCAACCACACACCGCCAUCUUUGAUUGUGAGACAGGCCGCGGCGAGAGCGGGGCCUCACUCAACUAGAAAAACGGUCUGGCACGAGAUAACGGGAAAGAAGAGACACUAGAUCAAGGGACGACCGCACACCGUCCCCCCGAAGUAGCGGCUGAACAGAGACGGAAGGAACGGCGGCGGAAAAACCGGCGACGAGGACGUGAGACCGCCGCGUGCAUGUGAAGAGCUGUUUGUUGGCAGCUCGCGAGCAGAGCAGCUAACCGCCGUUAGCCGGGUUAGCUGGGUUAGCAGGCUAGCCAGCUUUUGUAAUCCGCCGGCCAGACACACAUUCGUCCACACAGAACCGGACCGAAACCGGAUUCGAGUCGGACCACAGAGCGGCAAAAAGUACAGAGAAGGAGGAAGCGGCGGCAGGUGAGUGUGCACGUGAGGCCAGGUGACAGAAUGAAGUCCAGACAGGUAGUUUGAGACUAAGGGAUCCUGGAGAACUAGCUUUUAGCAUGCUGUGAAGGGCUGAUGUGAUGGCGACCACUGAGAAACGAAACUGUGCUAAAGGAUGUGAGCUAGCGUCCCAACAGCAACACGUUUAACUUUACGCAGACUAAUAGCGCGCAGUCGGACGUGAUAGAAAUAACAAUGGUAACUUGAGCGUGCAGAAGGUGCUAUCAAAGUCAGAUGUGGGUGAGUUCUGGGCAGACGGGGCCUCAGUUCCGAACCGGUGUGAGCCACCCAGCCCACCAGCAGCAGUCAAGAGUCGUGAAAGAUGGCCUGCACACUCAUCAGGGUUAGCCACACUCAGAAUCAGCACAACAAUGAUAAACGACCCUCAUCGUAAGUGAAACAUUGUGUGUUAGAGAUGUAACUGAUUGUUGUGAAAGCUGUUGUCCAUAGUAACACAUUCCCUGUCAAUAAUGAUGACAUCCUGCAGAUCGGUAAACGUGGUCAGGUAGGAGAGGGGGCACAUUUUUACUUCAUGAGUGUACAGAUUUGAGGGUGUGAAAAAACUCUUGAGUGAUUCAGAAGCUGAGUCUGCAGACGUUGAAAUAAGGAGGGGGAUCUGAAAGGAGAUUUUGCCACGCUGCAUCUUUUAGUCAGAAAUCAGCUUCUGUCCAGUGCAGACAGGGGUGUGUCCACACUUCUUUGACCCGGGUGAUCCAUAAGGGAACUUGCAGGGUUGGUAUUGAGUGUGAGUAUUAACACCCACAUGAUCAUAGCUUUUCGACCCACUUUUGGUUCACACAUCAAACCUACCUAACACUUUUAUAUUAAGGGAAACAAAACAGAGAGAGGGGUCAUAUAAAUCUUCCAAAUGUUAACGCUUAAGUCAAUUUCUUAUGCUAUAAACUGGUUUUAGCACAGUCAUGUAGGGAUAAGGUAUCAGGAUCUGUUGGACCAGAAAACUGAUGAUUCUGUCCUGUGUAUUGUGUCAUACUGGAGAGUAAUCAAAGCCACGUUUGGGAUGUCCCAAGGACCUUUGCGAAAGUCUAGCAUAGGCCUGGGCGAUUUGGCAAAAAAAUGAUCACGAUAUAUUUUGUCAUAUCGUCCGAUCUCGAUUAUUAUCUGGAUUUUUUUAACUGCCCGUUUUAAAGCAUCUGUACUGAAAAAUAAAGGAACUAGAUUAGUUCAACAUUUUAUUAACAUACAGAGUAAAUAACAAAGCAAAUUGAAUAAGAGACACUUUAACUCAACAGUACAGCAAAUGUAGAUAAAUACUAGAUAAAACAGUGAAUCAGUUUACGGUCCUGAGUGUUUUUGCAGUAUGCAAGACCCAAAACGCCCCCUCAGAGGUAAUGAAGAUGCCUUAAAAUGUAAGUGUAGAUGAUAGAUUGACUGCUGCUUUGGUCUGGUGGCUGCACCGCUAGUUGUGGCUCGUUUGCUACUCCGCUCGCAUUUUCAUGCCUUACAUAGAUUCACUCGGGAAGUACUUCUUCAAAUGAGUGAACAGAUCUGUUGUGUUGCCGGUAUUUGAGAGCACAGAUCGUCGACAUACCUUAAACAUCGGCUUAACUGCUCGACGUCACUUUGGAGAUACCCGAACCACCGCCACACAACCGGCGUUGAAUAACUUCUCAACAGAAACAUCUUUGGAGGAUGGCUUUAAGUCAUGGCUGACAUCUAUUUUGCUGCCCUCAGCUCCACCUUUAGCUCCACAUUCGGUCAUUCUGUUGACUUCUCCUGUUUACUUCCCCGACACCUUACAGAAGUGAGCAGGAAAAGCUCGACUCUGAUUGGCUGUUGUGACGCACACUUCCAUUAUGUUUGAUCGAGUAAAUAUGCUCACAGCUGAUCACUGGGAUCGAACUGAAAUUUAUCAGGAUCAUCGAUCACAUAAUUACCCAGUCCUAGUCUAGCAUGUUUAAUAUUUCUUUCUAUCAUGUCUUAGGUGAAGUAGGUGAAGCUACAUGAGAAUGUGGAGUUGGUGCUGUGAGGUGUAACUGUAAGACAGAGGACAAGUUUAGUGAGCUCUAGCAACAACAUCCCUGCUUUUAUGACAUUCGGUGGAGGGACAACCGUGACAGACUAGAAAUGUUGAAAAGAAACAGCAGAAGAUGAUAAGUUUUCUAUCUGGGUGUGGUCUAGCCCCACUCCUCUUUCCUCCAGCACCAUCAAGGCGGUUGUGAUGGUCUGUGGGGUACCACCGUGUAGUCUGUCAUACCUGUCAGUGAAAUCAAAGCAAAAGCCCAUGGCUCUGCGAUUGUUUUCUCUGACACAGUGACCAUCUUAACAAGCAAAAAUACUGCCUGACCUCAGCAUAAUGUUAAAACAUACUCCAAAGAUUGUCAGAACGGCUGAAUUUACCGAGGUUUGGCCCUUGUGCUUUACUCUGUGAUUGUGCAGAUUUGGGGGCAUGAAAGACUACACGUGAUGGAAAUACUGAAGGUGGAGAUAUUUGAAAGGAGUCGGGGGUUGUGAAGUAUUCAAAGAGCAGUUUGCUGUGUUUUCUGUGCAUGCAUCCUUAAUGAGAGAACAGCAUCUGGCAAGUGUAGGGAAGCCAUUCAGACUUGUAUUGAUUAGGGUACAAUGUAUUGAUCCACCAGUCAGUGAUCUGUCCAAUCACAGAAUUCCUGCUGCAGAUGAAAUUGGGCUCACUGAAUCAUUGCCUUAGCUGUUAAGAAACAGAGAUUCCAGUGUCUGUGCUGUGAUUUCUUUGGGUUGAUACACCACUUUGGUUCAACCCUGGAGAGUGCACAUUGAUGAGAUGUGAGCAGGAUUUUCCCAAAGUGUCAGGUUUAGAUUUAAACAAAAAUAUUCACUCUCAAUCAUCUUUAAUUGACCCCCUCCUCCCCGUAGGCAUUUCCUGAUCUCUGUUUUUUGUUUAAUGAUUAAAAAAAAAACAUUUCCAAGCUCAAAUCUUAGUUGAUCUGAUCUUGAGCAAAAUUAUAAAUUUGUCCAAAAAAAACUGGUAUUGCUGUUAUGAUGCAAGCGUAAAAGCUUUGAUAAUCCUAGCUCAUUUUUCUAUACGUACACUUUCAAAAAGCAAAAAAGGAAAGAAUUGAAGAAACAACCUUCUCCUUGGUUCCUUUUGUGCUAAAUGAAACUACCGACGACUCUCACGGGAGAUCAUCUCAGUGGGAUUGAUGUCCUUGUGCAGGAGAAGCACAAUAACCUUAAGUGGCUUUAAUCCUCAUCAGUCAACCAAAAACAAAGUCCAGUUUUCAGAGAUCUCUGUCCACAGCACACACUGAACUCGUAAAAGGAUAAACAAUCACAGCCCUUGUCUAAUUGUUGUGCUGAAAGUGCUCUACACAUUCAUGAGCCCUGGACAGGGAUGGUUGAAACUGAACAUAGAUGUAAAGGCUUUAACAUGUUGCCAUGUCAAGGUGGUGUAUUUGCAACUCUACUACACCUUGUCUACACAGUGUUCAAAGGCAGGGCAGCUAGAUGAGGUUUUACUGCAUCUGGUCUCACCUGCAGGGGUUGUAAGAGAGGCUGAAUGGGAGGGGGGCAGACACUUAGUGCAUUUGCAUCCUCAGUGAAAUUGAGCUACGGCCAUAGUUUGAUUAGACAAUUAAACUGGACUGGUGUCUUUGUCCCAGUUUAAAUGCAUUGGGCUAGAAUCGAAUCAUUGACAGAAACAUGUCCUCCUCUGCUGCAGUAGGUGGCGACGUGACUCCUUCCAGCUGGUUACUGUGAAGUCGUCCUCCGGUUGACGAAUCAUGUAUCAAAACAGCCGGUUUAAUGUGAUAGCAAGAAGCUAAAGGGGUGCCACUUUUACAUCUCUGUGCUGUUUGUUUGGAGAACCCACGUAAUAGCAACAACAGUGUGUACUAAGGUAUUAGCAAAGUAGCAAGGAGUAGUUGUGAUGUCAGCCGUGUGGCAGUAUUUUUUGUUUAAGUCUGAAAAAGAUGCUGCAGCUCAGUGCCAAAUUUGUCGUGCACAAUUUUGUGCCAUUAUCAAUAUUGGUAUCAGCAAAUACUGAAGGCUACAAUAUCGGUGACAUUUUAGGAAGUAAAAAAAAAAGUUGUAUCCAGACACCCCAAACGUUAUUCAUACUUUUGUUUUGGAUGUUUUCCCUGCUCCAACACACCUGAUUCAAAUGAUUAGCUCGUUAUUAAACCAUUACAGAGCUUGAUAACGAGCUGAUCAUUUGAAUCAGGUGUGUUGGAGCAGGGAAACAUCCAAAAACAUGCAGGACCGUAGGCCUGGAGGACUGGACUAGAGAACCACUAAUCUAAUAUGAUAUGAUACAAUUGAGUGUCUCUUUUGUGAAAUUUGGCUUUGAUUUUAAUGCGACAGACAUUAAAAGAGGAAAAAGUACAUUUCAAAUGUUCAGUGCCUGAAAAUGUGAUUGGUCAGACAUCCAGUAAAUGUUUCUAUGCAGUUUUUUCAAGACAGUUAAAGUACACACUCCAUAUUUUAAAACCAGUUGCUUGUACUUCAGAGUAAUACCCUCAUGGCAUUGUCGUAUUAAGACCCCUGAAGUCUUCGGAACUUGAUAACACAGUCUGAGCACUAGUGUGCAGCAUAGAGUUUUCAACAGCAAGCUCUGGACAGAAGAGAGAGAGUGUGUGUGUGUGUGUGUGUGUAAAUGUUUAUAAGUGCACACAAGUUAUUAUAAGAUAAGUAGAAGUCUGAUAUUUCAAUGACAACCUGCUGCACACUGUAGACAGACUAUUAAACCAGGAGUGAGAAGGAUGAAGACUGCAAUAUUCAAAGUACUGAAUGUUUGAACAUCUCUCUGACAUGAUAAAGGGCCUGCAUUGAUGCACUUGGUUGCAGAAGGAGUUGCAGGGGUGCAGGGUCAUGAUGGAGGUUAGGCUGAGCUAAUUUAGGCUGGGAGGAAGGAUGCCUCAGGACAAAUCUCUGCAGUUUUUUCCCUUUUUCCUUAUUGAGCUUUUCUGAACAGCUGAUACAGGAAGUGUGCCAGCAGCGGUGUAUGACGGGUGUCAGAGGGGCUCAUCCCCAUGUGACUCAGGCUAAAGGUGUUCUACUCCGGUCUCUUAGGUUCUUUAUCUGAUUUCUUGACCUGCCUCCUCAGGUAUCUGAAACAUGAAAGCAUGAGAAUGGUAAGGGCUCAGUCCUGACACCCCUGCCAGUGUAGAACUCUUAAACAAUGCAGUGAUAUGUACGAGUUCUAAUCGUUGAUUUGUGUCUAGUGGUUUGUAUGAACUCCACACAAACAUCCUGAAUAGUUCACAGAGUGUGAAACUGCUCUAAUGUUCAAACCCACUGCAGCACUGCAGUUUAGAGUUCAAUCUGAAAUGAAGUGUUCCUGCUGUGAUUGUAAAUCGUCAAGCUCCCACCUGCUGUCAAGCCCCACUGCUGCACAGGAAAAAAUGUAACUAGAUUUAUAAUGAUGAUUAAUGCAACAGACUCACUUGUCAAUUUCUCAUAACUCCUGUCUGCGGAUAUUUACAAUCUCCUGACGAAUUUAUGGGCAAAUCUCUGCUCAGGUUUCAACUACAAGCUCAACAGGAUUCUAGGUUUCAGAUUGUGUUUUUUGUAAUGGACAAGUUUACGUCAGCACUGGAACAGACAGGAACUUUUUCUCUUACAGGGUCCUGGUGUCAUGACAGUACAGACACAUGCAGGAUCAUCAGCCAAUCACAGGCUCUCCAUGAGUUUCUAGUGGGCUUGUUUCCUUGGGUUCAGCUGUUUCAGAGUUUUGAAUCAGCUAAAGAUGUAACUAUAGCACUCAUCUUACAUCACAAGAUUCACUGUGCGAGGUUUACAGGCUUUAUGCAUUUUGAGGGUGCAAGUUACCUGCUUUACAUUCGGAGGAGAUUGCCACAUAAAAGCGGUUAUUGAGUAGCAUUUUUGUAGUGCAGUUAUUUUUUUUUUUUUGCCUCUUUUUCUGCUACAUGCCCAGGUUGUGGCAGAAAAGAAGUCCUUGCUUCUACCUCUGCUUAUUUUGGUUGCAAACACACUUUUUAAUAAGAUUACUCCCGGGGCUUUUUUUGCCUUUAUUACAUGGGAUGGUGUGAUCAUGACAGAAGACCUGGAGAAGGAGUGAAGGAGACAAGUAGACAUGGGAUGCCUGCUCUGCCAACUCAGUCAAACUGUCACCUCAAUCACACAUUUAUAUUGAAAGGUAUUAUUUCUUUAGACUGUAGUAGAGUUACAUGAGUAAAUCAAAACAAUCGGAGGACAAAUCAGUGGUCAAAACGUAUUGGCCAUUUAUGUCAGCAGGUGACAGUUAAUGAGGGCAAGGAUAAAAGAAGCUAGAACAAUGGGAACAUCCUCCUGUUUUAGGGGAGGGGAAGCUCGUGGAGUAUCCUCAACAGCAAAAUCUUGGCCUGCUGCUGCCACGUCUCUACACCAUUAUUUAGCUACAGACAUGAGAGACAUAAUGAUCUCCAACAUGAGAAGUCAGAGGCACAUAACACCCCUGUGGUGUUUGAAAAAAAAAGAGUUGAUAAGCUGAAUGGUAUGCAAUAGAAGUGUAAAAAUGUUGAACUUGUUAUGUCCAGCCAUGACUGCUUUAGUUUUGCUUAUAACCCUUUUUAAAAAGGCAGAUACAGAUUCACUUAUGCUCCCCUUACAUAUGAAAUAAGAGCCCUCAUACCUCCAUAUGUACUUUGCAUAUAAAAGGAAGUGAAGCAAUACUUCCCCUGAAGGGUGAAGCGUAACCUCAAAAGUCACCCGAGAAAGAACAAGCCAAAGUUGAUGAGGAUAACAGACACAGUGCUGAUUGAGGAGAUAUUGUGUAUCUUUACAAAAAAAAAAGAGAGAGACAAAAUCCAAGUGUUGCCAUUUAGAUAUUUAACAGCAAAUGAUUAAGGCUAGAAUUUUUCAAAGUAUGACAUAAUUACCUUUGCUACCCCAAGAGUUGAUGUUGGUACUGCAAGCCUUGGUCUAUAUUAUCCACAAGCAUACAGAACUGCAGACCAAGUGAACACAGAAAGUAAAGUCUGUAUCCGCAUAGUUAUCAUACACAAGGCAUAAAUGAGCCUAACGCCUCCUGAGGCACUGAGUGUUUGUGUUAGUUAGUCGUCAGCUGACUCCUCACUGGCGCAUGUAAGUAAAGCUCUUCUUUCCAAACACAGGCAACCUAAGGCAACACAACGCUCAGCUACCACUGCUGUUUCUCUCCGACAUCAGAGUCAGUGUCUGGGGCUAAAAUGACUCAAACGAAUCUGGUGAAGAUCAGUCACCUUUCUAAGAUGUAAAUCUCUUGAAGUUCUCCGAUGGUGUUGUUUUUUGGAUGUACUAUUUUCAGACAGCUGAAGCUGAGUGAAUCUGCAGAUUUUCAGACCUCAAACCUCGACUGUGAGGAUGCGUCAAAGUCAUUACUUCUCUGUUGUCAGUGUGAACAACAGUAGAAAUAGAAACCUCACUAUGCGUUAUGAUUCUGUGGACAUCUGCAGCAGAGAUGAAGAAACACACUGAUGCAGGUGUGUAGAAAUGCAGUGCAACUUUGUAGGUAAAGUGACUUUGAUAGAGAGGUGGAGUAAAGAUUCAGUCCCUGAAUCAAAACCUGAAAAUGGGGAAGCCUCUUUAAAAAGCAGAUUUUAUGGUAGAACUGUUGUAUCAGGUUGCAUUUGAUUAUCGUGUUAUCACUGGUUGGUGAAAUACUUUGAAAACAGUGAUUUUUCUUAACUGAAUAUCCUUUUUGCAAUCUCAUCUGCCACCAGAAACACUCCAGUUUGAUGUCGCAGUUCACUCAGGUGUUAAAGUAAGACCAUACUUCUGCAGUGUGUAUGUCAAAAAUGAUUUUCAUACUUUGAUGAAUCAACUUCUGUCCAUCUGAAAAAUAACCUUAUCUACAUGGUGGACUGUAAUCAGACUUUGUUUGUAAAUCACUUCUUUUUCAACUUAAUGAACAGAAAAAUCAUUCAACUUGACCAAAACCCUGAAUCAUGUGCGAGGUUUACAACAAAUAGACUUGGUAUAUUAAAAACAACCACGGAAACGCUAUCAUGAGUUCAUAAACUCAUGAUAGUGUGAAAACACCAGAGUUUUUAUUGAGAAGUUAAAACAAAGAAUAAGAACAAACUGAGAGAACGUUAUCAAUAAACAGUCAUAACAAUAAAUCAAUAUAAGAAUAAGAUAAAUCAGUUCAACAGACUUUAAGUCGUAAAUGAUCAAACUCAGUUAAACUCUAGACUAAUAAGUUAGGUCUUAAAUCUGUUCUGAGCCAAUUAAUGUCAUCUGUAAGCAGGAAAGUAAACUCUGUUAGAUGAUAAAGAAUAAUUGACAAAUAGAAAUAACACAGAUAUUACAGGUGUCAAUUUUGUAAGUGGUCAGUGAAGACUGUUGAUUGUUAAUAGUGUGUCAUGUUAGCGCUUAAUCAACUGAGAGGGUCGGUUACUGGUCAGACAAUGAAUUUUUGAUGAGCGCCUUUGUACCGACAACACAGUCAGCUGUAACUUUCUCUUUGUAUAUUCAGAUGAAUGUUGAUUGCAGCCUCUGUUUUAUUGUCCAUGAUCAGCACUUGAAUAUUAUUUUACACUCUAAAGAUAAAAAGCUGCUUCCUUUAAGUGGAUGUUCCCACACAAAGUGUUCCCGGAUGAUGCUGCAGAGCGACAGAGCUCAUCAAAGCUGUCUGCUCCACUGAAACACACACACACACACACACACACACACACACACACACACACACACACACACACACACACACACACACACACACACACACACACACACACACACACACACUUACUUAAACACGCGCGAACUCUUCCAACUGAGCUCCGUUAAUAAUAAAUGACCUCAGUGUGACUUGGGAAAGACACUGCAGCCUGAACAUGCUGCCUCUCUGUCCAUGGUGCUGCUCUCUCUCUCUCAAUCACCUUCAGCCUCCUGCUUCCUGACCCCCCCAUGUGUUCAGAGUCCUGCUGGUGGACAGACUGUCUCACUAACCAGAAUCACUUCCCAAACUCUUCGUCAGCAUGCUUCUAUUUCUUCCAUACCCCUUGCAUAGUGAUGAACGGCUGAAAAGACUCUGUUUGAUUUUAGGCAGGAACAGAAGUAGCUCCAUUCCUCUUCUUGGUGCUCUUACAGUUUUUGUCUUAUUGAAUAUCAUUUUCUUAAACUGGAGAUAACUUCCAACCCCUGAGGGACCAGCUCUUCAUCCUCUGUACCAGACACUUGACUUUUGUUUCUCCUAACCAGUCUCUCUCGUUUCCUUUUCCCACUCUAAAGUGCUGCUGCAUGGUGGACACUGUGGCUGUUGGAACAAGGUUCAGGGUUUGAAUGUAAUUUGAGCAGUAAAAACUCAUUAAUGUUCAAAAGCUGAAAACAAAAGUCAUAUAGUGUAAACAUUCAUUUGGAGUGCUGGUCCACAAGUGGGUUCAGUUGGUAGUUUGAAAGAAACACAAAAUCAGUCAUCUGAAGUUCUUUAGUACAUUCUUCUGAAUAGUUUCCCUGCUCUGAUCACCAGUCCGCACAGUUCUGUUUCCCUCAAAGAGAGAUUCACGUUGGUCAGCUCUGACUCAGCUAUUCCAGUGAAAACAUUAUGACCUUCAAAAAAAUCAGCCACAAAAGCUCUGUUUUUAAAAAAGUUUAUUAAGACCUUGUCCACACAUAGCCGGGUAUUUGCUAAAAGGAAUGUAAUGUUAAAUGUUUUGGCCUGCCAUCCACAUGAAACAGUGAUGUGUUUUGGAGAAGUGAGGACGAGAGAGGGAAGCUUGCUCUGAUCUGAUAGAAUGGGUCUAACUUUUUAGCAAAUACUACCAACUCCAGGUCUGGCAUGCUUAUAACCACGGUCGAUAGCACAUUUAUGCGGUUUUGUGUGGAUACUAGGAUUUUACUUGAAAACGAUAAUGUGUGUAUGUUACUUUUUUUUUUUUUUAUAUGAAGGGGGGUUAGAUAUUCUUUUAUAAGAAAUAUCUGGCUAGGUGUGUACAAGUCCUAAGCCUACCAGCCAGGGGGCACUGACUACACUAUCACUGAUUUAGGGAAAAUUUGCUUUUUUUACUGACAGAUUGAUUGGUGUAUGAAUGGUUGUUUUUGUUGCCUACAGCCCCUCUAUAUUCAUGUGGAUUCAGACAGACAACAGCACAUUCUACAUUGUUUGAGGGGAAAGACUGACAGACUGACUUUCCAAACUUAAAUUCAGGAAGACCAUGUUUUGUUUUUUUCCCGAGAAACACAUAAAAGUUUGCUUUUUGAUUUUUAAUUUAUACACCAUUCCACUCAUAAACUCAGAAAUAGACUCUGGCCAAAAGUAUGCUGUUUGUGAACCUCUAAAAGGUUUUGUUGUUAUUUCAUAUCCAGCAUCAGUAACCCCUACAUCUUUGUUUAAUGUCCUCAUUGUCCUCUCCCUGUCUGCAGGAGGCUGGUUCUGGGGGCGAGGCCAAAGGACCAGACUCAAUGAGUUUCAAGCGAAAUGUCCGAGAAGUCAGGGCAGAGCACCAAGGCAAAGGAUGGCAAAACAAAGUAUGCGACCCUUAGCCUCUUCAACACCUACAAGGGCAAAUCUCUGGAAACCCAGAAAACUGCAGGUGAGCUGCUGUGGCCUGUUUGCCCUUCAUUAGACCUCUUAUGUGCAGGACUGGCUUUUUUAUCAGUUUUUGCAGCAUUACAGUAAAAUUUUAAGGAUGAGGACUGUCUUACCCUCAUCUGUAUGACUAACACUGCUGCUUUCUUCAUCUCAGUGGCUGCCAGACAUGGGCUCCAGAGUUUGGGCAAAGUUGCUGCCAGCAGGCGCAUGCCCCCUCCGGCCAACCUGCCCAGCCUGAAGGCCGAGAACAAGGGAAACGACCCCAACGUUAACAUUGUCCCCAAAGACGGAAGUGGCUGGGCAUCUCGACCUGAGGCUGGAGACGAGAGGUACAAUUUAUGACUCCUUCAGAAACAACCAGACACUGUGAAUGAGUGGCAUGUUGCGCUGAAUAACUGAUGAUAUUUAUUAGUUAUAGGAGGGUCAACCCUGUUUCAGGUAAUCCAUGUGGUCUUAAACUGUUCUGCUUUGUGACUAACAGGCAGCAGGAGACACCCCCACCCCAGAACAAACCAGCGGUUCUCCAGACACAGGAGCAGACUGUCGGGGUCAGUCGCUCCUGGGCCAACAGCAAGCAGACACAGCUGGACGGUAAGUACACCCCUCACCUCACAUGCUUAUCAAGCAUGGAUUACAUCUGUUACACACUGGCUCUCACAGUAAACACCAAUCAGUGCGCUUAUUACUCAUGUACAAACUAACAGAGACUCAACCCCUGAUGGUUUACGACACAUUACUUCUAUAAGCUCCUCUAAAAGCUUCCCUGUGGUUGUAAAGGUGCUUUCGUGUCAGGGCUGAGGAGUCCAGUUUUGUGCUGUUUCCUGCUUGUAUUGACAGUAUGAGUUGUGAAAAACCAAACCAGCAUAAAUGAUGAAAAGUGGAUGUCCUUUGUGGAGAAAACAAAAAAAAUGAGGGAUUUAGCUAUAAAAAAAAAAGGCAAUGUCAGAAAAGGAUUUAUUAUUAAAGACGGCUUGAUCGCAAACUUGUUUCAAGUUCAGGUUUCAUAUUAUCCUAAAAGGAAAUUCAAUAUUUCUGAUGACUUCACACAACCGGCCAGCAGAGGGACCACCAACACAAAAACACUCUCCGAAACUUUGACAAAGGUUCUCAUGUUUACUCUACAGAAGUAUUUCAGUAAUACUUGUUGUACCUCAGGAAGAGCACCUAUAAGUGUUGUGUCUUCAAAUAACGUAAAAACAAAUGUGCUUUCUGUCUGGACGAGUACAGUACAGAAGAAUUGGUCUGUGAAGACUUGGGUCAGAGUCUCUCUCCAGCCGCUACAACUUUUGAACUGUCCUCCAUCUCCUCACCUGUCUUUCCCUCUUUGUUACGGACUGGAUGGGGUUGGAGUCAUGUCUCUGACAUAGGACAGCGUCUUAAAGGGACAUGAGACCAUAAUUUAACUGCACACAUCCAAAAUCAACUUUUAUUGAUUUAUUUUUUUGACACCGAACAUACCGACAUGGGCAAAAUGACGUUACCAGUUAUUGUCGUAAAUUUCAGUAUCAGUAAAUUUUUAGUUUAUCGCCCAGCCCUACAAGGAGGUAAAAAAAAAAAAAACACAACAAUGAGUGGCCCAAAAAAAACAACCUUUUCAGCUUUAUCUGUGACCCCCUGAAUUUAUUUAGCUGUAAUUGUCUGUUCAUUUCAAUGUGUUUGUUCUGUGCAGGAGCUCCUCGGGUGAGCAGCCAUUUUCAUCAGGAGUUUCCCAGCCUGCAGGCAGCAGGGGAAGCAGAGAAAGGGGACGGUCAAGACGAAGAGCCUUAUGGCCCUGGACCAAGCCUCAGACCACAAAGUAAGGCCUCAGUCAGACACAAGUCAUUCAUAAAUGUGUGCUGGUUGAUUUCUGUUUGACUGCUGUUAAAUAUUUCACUCUUUGUUGCGGUUUAGAUGUUGGCAGUUGGCGCGAGGGUGGAGGCAGGAAUUUGAACCCUGCACCCAGCCCCCCUGAGAUGGAGAGCAGGGCUGGGGAAGAGGGCACUGGUCUGGGUACCUCGACACCCCCAGGAGAAGCUGAUGAACCAGGACAAGCUGUAACCACUGACGGUCAGAGGGAGAAGAGGGAGGGCAGGGAGAGGCUGCCCCCCUCUGGACCCUCUCAGCCCAAACUCAAUGGGGGGCAGCAGCCUCCUGGGGGGGUGCCCACGCACUUUGACCCUGCUUUCAGGAGCAUGAUGCCACCUUACGUAAGAACCUGUUCAACAAACCAAAGCAGCACCUUGUUGUGGUGUUAAUCGUCUGCAUGCAUGAUGAUCUCUGUUUGUUUUUUUCUAGAUGUUUCACGCUUAUCCUCAGAUGACUUUUGGUCCAGGGCAGGGAAACUACAGACACCCCGUACCACAAGAUGGAGCCAAGUGAGUUCAUGAGUAGAAGGCUAAACACAUGAUGCUUCAGUUAAAGAUGAAUUCAAGAUCAAUCAACAUAAUUGUUGGGUUAAAUCCUUAAAAGUUUGUACAAUAAAUUUUGUUCUCUUCUCAAAAACAACUGAGAUGAUCUCAGGGAAAACAUAGAUUACCAGGACCUACAGAGACAAUCUGACCUUGUUAUUUCUUGGAGUAUUUUCAAAUGCUUUUUAACCAGAAAAUAUGUAAAACCUGCACUGGGUCAUUAAAUCAUCGUAACCUUCAAGACAUUUUCAUUUUGUUGCAAAAGAGCAAAUGUAUCUUCAACCAAUAGACUUAUAGAAGCAAAAUAUUUCUGAAUCUUCAAGAAGUAAUUUGAAUUUAGCGCUUAUUUGUUUUUUGAGACACACUGUUCAGUAAGACGAGUGAGGAGGUGUUUGAAUAAGUUUGUCUGUUGUUGAAAGACGGCAGAUACACAAAAUUUGCUGUCAUUUUGUGCAGCUUCUUCAAAUUCUUUGUGUCCCUGAAACCUUUUACAAUUUAAAGGUCAUAACACUUUGAUUAAAAGUUUCCUAAUGGUCUUAGUUUUGUAAGUUCAAGAAUUAUUGCAAGUUUUUUGACAGAUUUCAUGGAAUAAACCGACUGUAUCAAGAACAGUUUUAGGUUUUUUAGAACUGUGUGCAAACCUGAAAUGUCAGAGUGAGGCUUUCAACACUGCACAUCUGUAUCUAGUGGAUUAUAAAUUAAACAGAGCUGGGUACUGAUGUUCCAGGUCCCAAAAUGAACUUCCUGUCUUUGUUUCUCUGCUGGGUCUUUAGGGGUCCUCGUCCAGGUCGACCCCAGCAGGCUCCCCCUCAGGCUUGGCUCCAGGACCCUGACAGACCCUCCAUUGUAAGUGCCACUGAACUGAAGGAACUUGACAACUUGGACACUGAUGCGGAUGAGGGCUGGGCAGGUCGGUAUCUAAACAUUUCAAUGUGAAUUUGAGUGUUGAACCAGUAAGUCCACCUCACAGAGGACAGAGGUUUGACCAAAAGUGGUCCUGCUUCUUCUGUAAACAGGAGCUCAGAUGGAGGUGGACUACACAGAGAAACUGAACUUCAGCGACGAUGAGGAGAACCAAGCUGCUAAAGAAAAACGAGAAAACUGGUAAGAUAUUUCUGGAAGAUAUUUCUGGAUUCACUGCUGCAGAUCCAUGUUUCACCAAGAAGAAAAAAAAAACAUGGAAGAUUACACCUCCCAGGCGCUCUUACUUAGUAUCUGAAUAAAGAGAUGGUAGAGAAACCAACAUUCAAGUCAGUGUUUCAAAAAUGUUGACAAGCAAUACAAGUUUCACCAAAAACUCAAGAGUGUAAGUUAAAACCUGAAGAAAGUCUGAUGAUCCUCCUCCUCUGGCAAGGAUGAAGUUUGAUGAAAAGACAACAAAAUCAAAUCAAAGUCUGGAGGCUGGUCACUGACCUGGAGAAAAGAAGCAGGCAAUCGCUAACAGGAAGAGAAGAGUGUGAGAGUGUGCUGUGCUGGAAAUGGCUGCGAAGGAUUUAAACAACAAUGAUGUAAUGAUAAAAACGUACUUAUGGCAUUUCAGUGAUUGACUACAUCAUGGAAUUCCAACAAAAAUACACCCAAGCGUCCCCGAAGACAUAAAUCUCCUUUAGGAUGAGACACUUAACAGCUGCAGGGGAGAGGAUUCCUACAGUCCAAGUCCAGCCAAAAUUUUAAUCCAAAACACACUAUCCUCUGAGAUCUAUGUUGUACCUCAACUUACUUGGUUUCUCUCAAUCUGAGAUUCGUAAAGUCAGGGUUUUAAUCCUCCUUCUUACUCAGGUUUAUAAUCUCAGCAUAAAUGCCACCCUGAAACACCCGUACACACUCAAUCAAUCAAUCAAAUCAAAUUUUGUUUAUAUAGCACCAAUUCACAACAGUUGUCAUCCCAAGAUGCUUUCCAAAGAAAAAGAGCAGGUCUAGACCAAGCUCAUUGUUUGGUGAAUUAUCAAGACUCAACCUAAAAUGGGAUUUGGCCCAUCUCAUCUAACAUGAGUGACAGUGGCAAGGAAAAACUUCCUUUUAACAGGCAGAAACCUUGAGCAGGACCAGACUUGUGCUAGACAGCUACCAAGCUCAAGCCAAGAAGCUCAAGAAGUCAUCGCUGCUGAGGGCUAAAGGGAUACACGGCUCAAUGGUGCCCUGACUGUUUGUAAGCCUGGCUACAGUGCUGAAGUGAUACCUGGGGUUAUUCUUAUUUUCUUCAAUAAGGGACGAGUAGUUAAUUGCCCAGGCCUGUCACUUUCAUAUACUUAUCAAGACAGUCCCACCAGAGAAUACAAGCUUCAGCUGUUUUGGAAGAGCGCCAAAUCCUUUCCAGUCUUUUUAAUAACUGAUUUUUGGUUAGAGAGGAUUUAAUGAGCUGACUGACAAGGUUUCAGCUUCAAGGCCAUAAGCCAGGACAAGAUCGAGGGUGUGGUUAAAACAGUGGGUAGGCCCAUGUACACACUUUGUAAACCCAAUUGAGUCUAACAAAGAUAAGAAAGCAAUGCUUAGGCUAUCAUUUUCCACAUCCACAUGAAUAUUAAAGUCACUAAUCAGAUAGAAACUGUGAGAAUUCUGACAAAAACUCGGAGCAUGGGCUGGGAGGGCGAUAAAUGCGGGAGACUGAAAACAAGACUUUCAAAAGAGUUAUAAUCCAGUUUUGGUCUUGGGUUAAUUCGAAGACAGGAUUUAUAAAUAGCUCUAACUUCACCUUCGCUCAGUCCCAAGGAAUGUGAAAGCUUAGGUGGCUAGGAAGAGUGACAUAUUCAUCCUGACGCAGCCAAGUUUCAGUUAGGGAGAGUAAAUCAAUGCGAUGAUCAGAGAUUAGUUCAUUUAUUAACACAGAUUUGAAACUUAGAGACCUUAUGUUCAACAGACCACGUUUUAUCUUACUACUACUCGGUUAAGCUGUGUUAGCGGUUAUAAUUCUAGUAAGGUUCUUGUUAUUUACUCUUUUGUUAAUCGAUCAGUUAGAAUUGAAGAGCCAAGGACGAGGGACAGACACAGUCUCUGUAUUGAAGUGAAGGUAGCUAGGAGGCAGAGGAGCGCGUUGGACUGCAGCUCUGCUCCCUGGUCUCUAUAUUAAAAUGAUUGUAGCUAAGAAGCUGCUCUGAAGGGAGCGCAGAGGAGCGUGUAGGACUGCAGCUCUGCUCCCUGAUCUCCGCUCUAAAUUGUCAGUAAAAGUAGUAAAAUCUGUCAGAUUUCUGGAUAAACGGGCCGCCCCAUCCUGAGUGGGAUGAAUGCCGUCCCGACUAAUCAGACCAGGCUUGCCCCAAAACGACUUCCAAAACAUUCACCCUGAUUGUACACUAAUUGAGGACUGUAGCAUUUGUACACUCUUUUUGAUUUGUAGUUUUUUAUUUGUAUUUUUUUUGCUCCCUAUAACUUGAACAUGGAUUUUUAGAGAAUCUUUUAGAGCAUGUUGCACUUUGGCAUAUUUUAUCUGUUAUAUUUAAAAGGUGCAUUGCUUGUUUUGGAUUUUCUUGUUUUGGAAUUUCCGCCAUUUUCAUCUCAGUGAACUUGUUUAUUUUUCAGGGAGUGGAUGGGUAAAGUGGAGCGUAUGAGAUCUCGUCCACCGGAUAGUCAGGAGGUCUGGAAGGAGGGCUCUGAGGACCUUAGUGGUGGUAAAUCCUCCUGGGCUGACCCUGUGGAUCCCAGAGCGCCAUCGCCUGGAAGUAUGGGGCAGUACAAUAAGUCGGCUGCUCCUCAGGACUUCCAGGUAGGAUAUUUCAAAAGUCUCACCUUAUACUGAAGUCUCUCUCUUGCUUGAAAAGCCAAUUGUUGAGUGUGUAUUUGUGCUAAUUCUUUGACAGGCCGGCAGUCGUCCUGUUGGAGGUGGAGCUCCUCGUGUCAGUAAACCACAGGCGGCCUCAGCGCCUCCUGCUGCUGAAGAGGACUCCGAAGCUUGGAGACAGAAACGCAAGAAGCCUGUGGAGGUUUCUGAAGCUGUAGAACGAGCGAGAAGGAGGAGAGAAGAAGAGGAGCGGCGGAUGGAAGAACAGCGGCUCGCUGCUUGUGCAGAAAAACUCAAACGCCUGAAUGAAAAACACCGACAGUCAGCUGAAGGCAAACCGGCUCCAGCUCAGACUGCAGCGGAUGAUGCAGGAGCUACCCAUGAGGAAACAUCCUCACCAGCUCCCGCUCCUUCACCCAGUCCCGGACCUCCAAUCACAGCUUCACAAUCACAGGCCUCCAUCAUGCCAACUCCUCUGCCUGAGAGGGCGGAGCGUGACAGGGAGAGAGUAGAGCAAGAGAGAGGAGAACAAAGUGUGGAGGAGGAGGUUCACCUGCCCCCUCAGCCCAGUCCUCCCAUCCACAGACCUGCGACCAAUGCUCCGGAGCCUCAGAGUGAGGGGGAGGGCUCCAUGGGUGAGGUUGGCCCACUGAUGGAGGAGAGCCAGACUCCAGUGCCUAUCAGAGACUAUUUCAACAUGGAGGACAGCAGAGGUGAGCAGACUCGGAAAGAAUAAAACCACAAAUGUUUCUCUCUGCCUCUCUUUUAUUUAUUGAUUACACUUCUAUUGGUUUGUUUUCCCUGCAGUGGAUGAGCCCCACCUGUCUCUGCCUCACAUGGACACCCCAGGUGGAGAGGAUGUCCCUGUGGCUCCCCCACAGCUGGAAGGAGAAGCAGCAGCAGCUAUGCGCCCCUCUCUCACCUCAGGAUACUCCAAACAGUUCCAGAAGUCUCUGCCUCCUCGCUUCCUCAGACAGCAGGUAAGACGGUCCGCAUCUGGACACUUGAGUCAGUGGUAGCUGAGUCAUUGCUGGUUAAAUCAAAAUACCACACAACCCAAACAAUGGGGAUGUACAAGACAAGAUGUGAUGGGUUGCUGAUCAUUUAAAGGCUAUUUUUUAUGAAAGUAGUUUUAAAAGUAGAAGAAAGUAGUAGAAAAUUGUUAUUGUUUAAAAAAACUAGAAUUAAAUUUUAUGUCAGCAGCACACUUCUAUCAAGUUUUGACAGGGUCAUUUUUCAGUUUUCAGUUUUAACCUGUAUUUGUAGAUGCAGUGAUGAACAGUUUUUUUGGAAGUGAUUUCAAAGCCCAUACAGUGAUUUCCACUACAUAGUCCUGUUUGUUUCUCACCGUCCAGUCUUGGUUUUGGUCCUUUUCCUGUUUUUACACAAAUUUCUCCCAGUUCUCUGAAUGUUUUAAUUCAUCUUUUUUUGUCUUUAAGGCUCUGGUUCUGCAAAACCUUUUUCAAUGUGGAAUGAUUGAUCAAUUAUUUUGUCUCAAGUGAUUGAGGUUUUGUUAAUGGUUUGUCCUUAUGGUCUUCCAGGAGCAGAUGAAGCAGCAACAGUGGCAGCAGCAGCAGCAGCAGCAGCAGGGUGGGGGCUCCAUGUCCCCAUCAGGAGGUGGAGGAGUUUCAGCCUCCCAGCAGCAGCAGCAGCAGCAUCGCUCCAUGUACCAGCCAAUGGGCCCCCACCACCAGCACCUGGCCUCCAUGGGGUUUGACCCGCGCUGGCUCAUGAUGCAGUCCUACAUGGACCCCCGCAUGAUGUCUGGGCGGCCUCCCAUGGAUAUGCCAACCAAUAUCCACCCAGGUAGGAUGUCGAGUGGAAAAUCCUGGGAAAGAGUCUCUGUGACUGUUUUUGAGUCCACCUGUUUGAAAACCCCCUCUGCCGUUUCAUCUGCAGGGAGGAUGCCCCCGAAGCAGAUCGUGCGCAGAGAGCCAGGUGAUAACUCCAGCUCCAGCUCGGACUCCUUUGACCACCUGACACGACCAAUACGAGACCACGGCCUGUCCUCAGACUCUCGCAUGGUGUGGGGAUCAGACCCUUACCCACAGUCCGAGCCUUUACCAUCUGUGACUCCUCCUAAAGGACGGGAGGACAAGGAGUCCAGGUAAGAAAAAUAUAAACGACUAUUUCACAGUAAAAGAAAAAUCACAGAUACUUCCUCCACAUAAGCCAAUGUUUGAUUCUCUGCAGGAUGGACUCUGGGCUGGAUCUGGACAGGGGUCUUCCUCCUAUUUAUACCCAGGACCACAGUGCAUUGGACUCUCAUAAAAGUAACUUCUUCCAGGACCCGACAGAGUCCCUGUCAGCGUUUACCCAGGGCCCAGAGAGUGCAUCAGGCCCUCUUGACAGAGUCCCCGUAAGUUCAGCCUUUGACCCUGAGGAGCCUGGCCUCCCCAGUGGGGAGGAGGUGGAAGCCCUGGGACAAGCAAUGCUCCAGAGGAGCGUCUCUCAGGGCUCCAGCCACUCCCUGAAGCUGGACGAGCCCCGGUUUGAGGGUCUCCCCUUGGGAACAAAAACACUAGAGCUUCAGGACUCAGAACGGUCUGAUGACAAACCCCAGACUGACCUCUACCCCCCGGCAGCAGUGACCAGCAACAGGGCUACACCUCCUGCUGAUGGAUUACACAAACAGGAGAAGCUACCUCUGCCAGCACCAAGCAAGCAGAAAGCCGAGCUGCGCUGGGGGGGAAGAUCAGGGGCCGGGCGCAGAGAAGGACCAGGAGGAGAGAGACCUGUCCGUAGGUCUGGGCCCAUCAAAAAGCCCGUCCUGAGGGACAUGAAAGAAGAGAGAGAGCAGAGAGAGGAGAGGGAGAAGCGCCAUGAAAGGGGAGAAAGAGGAGACCGGUCCAAGAAGGAUCAGUCAUCCAAAGCUCCUUCUGCUGCUGCUGCGGUGUCAGAGGGCUCCAGACCUCAGAGCGAAGCCAAGAGAGAAGCUGCAGAGCCUGAAGAGACACCAAGUGGACACCAGAGAGCCAGAGACUCUCAGCCUUCCUCCGGAGUUCCCACCUCCUCCUCUCAGGAGGACAAAACAGACAAACUACCAAGCAAUGACAAACACCCAGAACCCAAACUCCCCCUCAGGAAGGAGUCCAAUCUCCCUCCUCGAGGCUACCGCCGAGAAGAGAGGGAGAGAGAGCGGGAGAGGGACAGAGAGAGGGAGAAGGAAAUGGACAAGGAAAGAGACAGAGACUGGCCAGGAGACGCCAGUUUCAAAGGACGAGGUCGUGGGGAGUAUUACUCCAGAGGGCGGAGCUACAGGGGGACCUACAGCGGCCGAGGUAGAGGGAGUCGUGGUCGAAGCAGGGCCGAGUACCCUUACAGGGAGCCUAGAUCUCGCUCUGAUUUACCAUCUGCAGGGGGCGCUGCAGCUUUCAGGAACAGGGAGGAGAGCGAGACACGCAGUGAGAGCUCAGACUUUGAGAUUAUUCCUAAACGCAGAAGGAGGCGAGGCUCAGACACAGACUCUGAGAGCGAGGGGGGGAGGGAGUCUGCCAGUGAUACUGGACCCUCUGACCGAGAACCGAGCACUAAACCAAGCCGUCCACUGAGACGAGAGCUCCCCGGGGAGGCCCGUUCUGGGCCCCACAAACCAGGUUUUGGUCCUCCUCACAUGGGGGAAAAGAGUGGGAUCAGAGGGGACGAUGACAGCAGGCCGAAGCCAGGGUUUCUCCCUAAAGGAGAGCCCUCGAGGAGAGGAAGAGGAGGACUGUACAGCAGGCGAGGAGGAGCGAGGGAGCGCGGUGGCCCCCGCUCUGCCCCUCUCAGACGGCCCCCUAGAGAGUCCUCCUCACAGUGGCCCUCUAAACCCAUGGAGACAUUCAGGCCUGAGGAUGCAGAGUCCACUCCAAGAUAUGACAAUCACCCCGCUGACCGACGCCCCCCCAAACCUGAUGGGAAGAAAUUUGGGGAGGGGGCUCCUCAGAGUAGCAGAGAGAGGCCUCGUCGGUCCAGACCAGCACGGCCUCCACGGCAAGACAAACCCCCUCGCUUUAGACGCUUGAAAGAGCGGGAGGCUGCAGUGUUAGCCAGUGGAGAGACAGCACCCAGUCCCCCUGUCCCUCUUCUCCCAGUGCCUGCUGCUGCCCUCCCCAGCUCUGCCCCGACCCAAGUCUCCCUCUCCCCCACCCUGUCCAGAGCUCCAGGGACCCCUGUUACUGUGCCUGCAGAGGUGGCGGCCUCCAUGCCAGCCCCUGACCUGCCCUCUCCUGUGGAAGCCUCCCUGCCUGAGUCCAGCAGCCCCCCCAUCACUGCAGUGGGUACCAAGUCCCCAGACCUGUCCAACCAGAACUCAUCAGAUCAGGCCAACGAGGAGUGGGAGACGGCCUCAGAGAGCAGCGACUUCAACGAGAGGCGAGAGCGGGAGGAGAAAAAAGGAGCACAGGAGGCUGAUAAGGAAGCAGCCACUGCGUCCGCCCCACCACCUGCACCCCCUCAGGGCUCUCUGACCCCCAACAAAAGUCCUCCUGAUGGAGGGGUGACACCAAAACGCGAAGGAGCUCCUGCAGCCAAGAGGAGUUUCUCAAGCCAGAGGCCGACAGAGAGACAGAACCGGAGAGGAAACAGCGGAGCCAAACCAGGCCGGAGCUACACAGGCGGGAAGGGGGAGAGGAGAGGUGGGGCCAAAGCGAGCCGCAAAGGGUGAGUAGAAACAAUCAGGCUUUGUCUUUUUUCGGGCUUUGAUUUUGUCUGCUUACAGUAACACUCUGACGAUGAAGUAGGAGUCGACUCAAAGAGCAGCCUGCAUGAGAGAGCCUGCAGAGUUUGUCAGAGUAUUAAACUAGGGCUGUCCCGAUACGAUAUUGAUAGCUGAUAUCGGUCCAAUAUCAGCCAAAAAACAAAUAGCGGAUUAUAUCGGCCUGCAUCUAAAACCUCUGAUAUCAGCGCUCCGAUACAAGCAGUUUAUUGGACUUGUUUCCCUUUCUGGCUCUUGGAUUAGUCGGAUAUCCUCGUUAAAAAAUGGAGUAAACAUGACCUUCAGCGGUUAAAUAAACACAGUCAGGGGAUAAGAUGAAUAAAUGGUGUAAAAUUCUGCUUACACAUUAGAGGUAUGUGUAUGUGCUAAUAUGGUGAUACUGCAUGCUGAAUUUUCCACACAAUAACUUCAGGGUCUCAGGUUCACGUGUGUACAAACUCUCUGACUCUGAUAUGUUUGUCUUUCAAUCAGACCUGCAGCUCAGCAGAACUCGGAGGCGACACAAUCAGCAGCUGGAGGAGCGGCUCAGAGGUCUGCUAAAGAUCAGCCUUCUCGCCGCAAAGACGAGGCCAAACAGGCCGCCAAGAAGCCCAAAGAGAACGCUCUGUCCCAGUUUGAUCUCAACAAUUACGCCAGUAGGAGAACACACCUGGAUCACUUCUCCAUGAACACCAAAACCUCCCGACUUGAAGUAAAUGUCCGUUUGUUCUUGUGUCCGUAGGUGUCGUUAUCAUCGACGAUCACCCAGAAGUGACCACCACAGAGGACCUUCAGUCCAGCACCAACGAUGACGGUUUCACCGAGGUCGUCUCACGCAAGCAACAGAAACGCCUGCAGGACGAAGAGAAGAGGAAAAAGGAGGAGCAGAUCACUCAGGUGAGAAAACAUGUGCCGCAUGUCGGAAUAAUCAAAGAUCUUAGUUUAUAACACAUAUCACAGCAUGACAUCAGCCUGACCUGCUGAUAUGCCUUAUCCAUCUCCUCUAUGUUUCAAAUCCUGAAAUUGAUCCAUCCAUCUCUCUUGCAUCAUCCUUUAUGAGCCAGAAGAUCUGCCAAAUCUUGCAAUUGCUUCAGAAAACUUCUCAUAACUCUUUAUCUGCAACUUUUUUUCUCUUUGCCUUAUCCUUCUGUGCAGCACUUUAUACCCCAGUGGUUCAAGCGCUCUUUAAAAGUGUAAUCUUAAGCCAAGAAAAGUAAAGUACCACUUGAAACUGAGCUUAACCUCUUGAACUAAAACCCUCUCUCUGACAGAACUGGGGUAAGAAAGGAUCAGGUGAGAAGAGCAGAGGAGGAGGAGGGAAGCUGCCUCCAAGAUUUGCUAAAAAACAAUCAUCACAGCAACAACAACAGCAACAGCAGCAGCAACAGCAGCAGCAGCAACAACAGCAACAGCAGCAGCAACAACAGCAGCAGCAGCAGCAGCAGCAACAACAAGCGGCUCAGUCCCAGCCUCCUGUAUCGUCCACACCACAGACCCAACAGCAGCCCCCCAUCUCCGCCCCCCAACAUCCUCACAUGCCCCCCUCUCAGCCCGCUGCAGCCCCUCAGACUCUGGAGGGGACUGUGGCUCCGAUUCCCUCCAUCCCUCCGCCCACUGUGGACUUCUCCUCAAAGAGCCUUCCCCCAGCCCCCACGCCCACGCACACCACUUUGGGCACAGAGCUGUGGGAGAACAAGGUGGGCGGGGCCACUGUCCUGCCUGACGUGAAAAAACGUAAGUGAAAACGUUUCUUCUGUUUGUUUAUAACAUUGAUUUGACUCCUUAGACUUACCGUAGUGGUUGAACCAGUUUAUGCAGAUAAUUUUUUAUUAUGAUGAGUUUAGAAGUAAAUGUCAAACUAACACAGGGCUGUAAGUAUAAGUUAGAAGUUCUCGGUCUGGUUUUGUCCAGAGUGUUAAAUUGCUUUGAUUUUGCAUAAUUUUAAACUAUUGGUGAAAUUUUGGGCUUCACAUGUUUUUUAGGGUUCAAAUGUGUUGGAUAGUAAUGAAAAAAAAACACGACUUUUGAUCAUGCCUUUUAGUUAAGAUCUGUUUUGUGUCUGUUCCAGUGGGUCCGAUCAGCCCCCCUCAGCCUCCUUCAGUGAGCGCCUGGAACAAACCUCUUACUUCCUUCACUGGCACAGUCUCCUCUGAGGUAUGUUUAUUUCAAGUCGUCUCACAUUUGAUGUGCGUCACCCUUGUGCUUAACCACUGAUGAUAAAAAUACACGCCUGGUAUCAGCCUUUAACUUUCAUCAGCUUUAUUUUUUGCUGCUUUUUUGUGUGAUGCUUGCAGGCAAGACAGGAAAAUACUUGGGCAGCUAAAGAUAUGCUGAGGUGUUGUAUGUACCUAUGAACUAAUUGAUGCUCCAAAAAUGAAAAAAAAAAAAAAGAGAGAGAGAAAUAAAACUUGUCCUCUGAAAACAGUUUACACAGGAGUUUGUUCCGCUCACAACCCAUGAAUUAGAGAGGAAGCACUUUCCACACACUCCAGUUUGCAUUGCCACUAGAUAUAUAGUUGAUGGUUAAACAGUCCUGAAUUAGCCUUAGCUUUUUGCACACAGUGAUUCUAACUCCUCCCCUGUUUUUUUAAACUUCUUGGCUUGGUUGCUGACUUCCUGACACAAGUAUCUCCUUCAAACUUGGUGAUUUUUUUAAAUUUUCAAAUUGGGGCUAUCAACGAAUAUUCUAAAUUCAAAUAUUUAAGAAAUCGAGAUUCAAAUGUGAAAAUUUAUAUUAAAAUAUUAGAUAAACAGCUAGGAAAAACUGAGUGGGGCAAUAGAUACGAGAAAAAAAAUCUGCGGCUGCUAAGCGAGUGAGCGCACUGUAACGACAAGUCAGGGACAGGUCACAGGAGCUGCACUUGCAGUGAGACUCGACAAAAAACGUCCGUUGCACAUAGGCCUGUCGCGAUAAUCAAUAAAUCGCCUUAUCGCUCAAUAAAUAAAAACGAGGUCGAUAACUUUGCCAGCCUCGAUAAUUGACGUGCGUUUGUUUUCCUCCUCUCUCGUUACCAAACACGCUGGAUGAGAGAAGAGGUCUCACUCUGCGCAUUGUUCUCGGCACCUGGGGGCGUUGGCUCUAUAGCUGAAUGAACGGAGUUAGUGAACCCUCCUGUCAGUCAUUCAGUGUCUUUGUCACGAGGGGGCUGGCGCGCACAGGUACACAGACACAGACUUUUUGGAUACAGUGCUGCAAGUGAGCGUAGUGAGUGAAAAGCAAGCUAACAGAAUGAACACGACAGCUUUGGUGUCUAAACCGAACGCAACAGCCCAAGUGUAGGAAUAUUUCGGCUUUAAACCAGUUUUGUUUUCGUCAACCACAAAACUCCACGUGUGUGUGUGUGUGCGCGCGCGCGUGUGUGUGUGUCUGUGUGUUGGAGGAGCACAGCAGGCUGAUGAGAGCUGUCAGAGCGGACUGAAGCUGCUCCUGUGUGUUUAGCGUUUAACUGACUGAGUUUUGCAACUCUGUUCGUCAUUUUCGUCUCGUCCCAUCAACGUAAACGCACUUUCGUCUCGUCACAUUUUAGUCAUCUCCGACUUAUGUUUAGCUCGUCAACGUUACGUCUUCGUCGUGGGAGAAAAGGGAAAUAUUUUAGUCAACGAAAACAACCAGUGUUGUUCUCAUGUGGAAAUUAAAGUUUAUCACUUUUGACAUGGUGUACUCGCAUUAUUAUGCCAUAUAAUAUCAUUAUCUAUAAUUUAAAAAAUGGUGUCAAUAAUAUCGUUUAUCGGCGAUAAUUUGUAGCACAAUUAUCGUCCAGCAAAAUUUGUUAUCGUGACAGGCCUAGUUGCACACAUAGAGAGAGAUGACGGGAUUUUCUGAGCCAAACUCAGACAGAGAAGUCUAGACUCCACAAACUUUAGAAGCUCUGUUUGGAAAUUCUUCAGAAUUUGGGCAGACAAGGUAGACAGAAAAAAUGCAAAGCGAGAUAAAGUUAUGUGCAACCUGUGUAAGCUAGAUACUCAAAUAUGUUCAAUCCUAUGUGUUAUUUUUAGUAUGAAUAUUCAAACGUCAUUUUGGAGCGGUUUUGACAGCCCUAGUUCCAAUGCAAAUGUACAGUGUUGACCUUUUUUUGGUUUACUUUUCUUAUAUCUGCCCUGCCAUGUGCGGUCAGUUCAUCAGAAUGUUGUUGGAAAUGAAAUAAAGUUUUGUUGAUGUCCUUUCAGGGUGUGAAGCCUGGAUCAGAGGGCGGUGCUGUAGAUCUGGCCAUAGACAGUAUUCAGUUUGGAGCUCCGUCAUCUGCAGGCAGCACGGACAGUGAUGGAGUCCCUGCACUCCUCGAAAGCAGCUCUGAAAACAAACUACCUGCUCCCAAAGAACAGAGACAGAAACAACCUCGAGCUGGACCAAUCAAAACUCAGAAGGUACCGAUCAAAACGCAAGAACUCAAAACUCUGAUUCUAUUUUAUGAGCCUUCUAAAUGUUUUCUCUCUCCAUCCCUCAGCUUCCUGAAAUGGAACCAGUGGAAACCAAGGAGUACAAGCCUGGUCCCAUUGGGAAGGAGCGCUCUCUGAAAAACCGCAAGGCCAAAGACGCCCGAGGAGGAGAGGGAGAGGGGAUGGAAGCGGGAGUCCCUGGAGCAGGCGUCAGCAGAGCCACAGACACCAGUCCUCCCACCAGUGACACCACGGUACCCGAGCUUGGUGGUGACAUUGAAGGCAUGAUUACCGUCCCCUCAGCAGAGUACAACAGUAACUCCAAGGUAAAUUAAAAAACACCUCACAGAAUCUUUUUUUUUUUUUGUCGUCUUUCUCAACUCUGCUGCUCCCCUGCAGUUUGUCGUAAACUCUGACAUGAACCAUGAAUUGUUUUUGUUCUCUUUCAGGAGUCGGUCACAGACUACACGACGCCGUCCUCCUCGCUGGCUGACAGUGUCCCAACUGGAGGAAACAAGAUGGAGGAGAGUUUGGUGGCGAAUGUGAGUUUGUUUUCUACUUCUUUGUUCCCUUUAUAUCUGAGGAGUAUUUCAGUGUUUUGAAAGUGAGGUUGUAUAAGUUACAUGUCGAAUGUCUUUGUGAGUUUCUGUCAUUCACAGACUGCUUUGUCUUUUGUGUGUUUCAGGUGGCCCUCCCCCACUCCCUGCCCCUCCCCCGCAGAGAGACGCUGCAGCAGAGCUCCAGCCUCAGCACCGUCUCUCCCGCCACUGUGGACCUAACACUAAAGGUACUUCGGUGUUUUGUUUUUUUUUUCCCAUCAACCACCUCUCUGUUUGUCAAAUGAAAAAUUCAAACUCAUUUCUAUGUGUCUCCUCCUCUGUAGAUGGAAUCUGCUCGGAAAGCGUGGGAGAACUCGCCCAGUCUGGAGAAGAACUCUCCAGUCACCUCCUCUUCCUCCCCCAUCACCUCCUGUGCAUCCUCUUACUCCACCUUUUCCUCGGCCUCCAUGCCCCAAAUCCCUGUGGCCUCCGUCACCCCCAGCACCUCCCUAUCAGGUAACAUGACCUCCAGUAUUGCCUUGAAACUUCAAACCCACCAUUAUCUUAUACUUGAGAUUUCCAACUUCACAUGCAUUUCUUCCCCAUCUUCAGGUUCUGGUACCUACACCACGUCUUCUCUCAGCACCAAGACCACCACAGCCUCCGACCCCCCUAACAUCUGUAAGGUGAAGCCUCAGCAGCUGCAGGGUGGGGUUCUUUCAUCCUCCUCCAGCGGCAGCAGCUUCUCCCAGCUUGGCUGUGUGCCCCCCCUUCUGCCCCAGCAGCAGCAGACCCCCCAGGUGUACGUCUCUCAGUCUGCAGCAGGUGGGACAAACACAGCACCUCACAGUUCAGUUCAGCUUAACCCUUUAUUCAGAUUUCUGUCAGCUACUAUCAAGGAAAUUUAUUUUUUCUAAAAAAAAAACCUUUAAAGACUAAAAUCUUUAACACAAAUACACCCAUUUUAUUGAGUAAAGUUCAUUUCAGAGCACAUGAACUGAGGACGACAACUGCUGAAGUUGCAUAUACAGAAAAGGUUAAAUAUCAAAUUGCACAAAAUAAGCUAUUUUUCAAAAUAAAAGGUAUGUCAAACAUCAAAUGCGCACUAAAUAUUUUCUUUUUUGACCAGCUGUUUGCGACCCAUCUAGAACGUGUGGGUCGCGACCCACCAGUUGAGAACCACUGGAAUAGCUUAUUGAACAGCCAAAUGAAUAAACAAUAAAAAGAAAUAUACAGCGAAAUAUGAGACAUGAUGCUAAAUCUUUUUGUGUAAUGAUGUAUAAUACAAGUUAGUGCUCCUAUUUCCUCUUGUAUUUAAUUGAAUGGGCUGUUAAUCUCUCUCCAGGUUCUGCAGCUCAGAUUCCAGCCUUCUACAUGGACACUAGUCACCUUUUCAGCACCCCCCACCCUCGCCUGGCUCCCCCUUCUCUGGCGCAGCAGCAAGGCUUCCAGCCCGGCCUCUCACAGGUAAAAACUCUGUUUGUCAAUGAGAUCAUGUCACACCUGUGCUAAUCUGAAUGAACAGACUACAUUAAAACACAAACCCAUAAGACUACACAUCUCAGUCUGGUUAGAGGUAACAUCGCCUGUUUUUGUGUCUCCACCUUCACAGCCAACAGCAGUGCAGCAGAUCCCCAUCCCCAUCUACGCCCCCCUGCAGGGCCAGCCGCAGCACCAACACACACACCAGGCUCAGCUGGGACUCAGCACAGGUCCUCCAGUGUCCCAGCCCCAGGACCUGUUCAGCUCCUCCCUGCAGCCUUACAGGUAACUCACAGUCUCUCAGGUGUUCAUUCCUCUGCUGUGAGGUGCCCUCCUUCUGUCAUCUGACCCCUUCUCUCUCCUCGUCCCCCACUCCUCAGGUCCCAGCAGGCCUUCAUGCAGAGCAGCCUGUCCCAGCCCUCCAUGAUGCUGUCAGGACCCUCGCUGCAUAGUUACGCUGGCGUGCAGGCACCCGAGCUGGGCAAGCCUCAGUCUAACCUGGCCUAUCAGCAGCCCUCCUCCACCCAGCACAUCCCCAUCCUCUUUGAGCCUCAGCUUAACCAGCCCUCAGGCAUGGGGGGCUCCCAGCUCAUCGACACACACCUGCUGCAGGUGACCAGACUGCUCGCCGUUAUCUGAAUCCAGCUGAGGAUUCUUCUGGACACGCUUUUAUUUCAGUGAAUUUCUCUCAUGUGUUUCAAUUGUCUUUGUCUCAGGCUCGACAGGGGAUGAACCAGCACUCUAACAUGUACUCUGGACAGGUGCAGCAACAUGGUCAGAGUAGUUACUAUAGCAACACUCAGUCACCCAGCUCUGCCAUGCAACAGGUAACCUGCAUGCUAACCCCAAACAGACAUUUAAUGUGUGUAAACCUGCUGUACAGCUCACUUUUCUGAACUGCUGGAUAUUUUCAAGCGUCACAUUAAGAAAUAGAUGCUCUGAUCACUGAGUUCAUUUCAGUUUGUAACACCUGUGUGUCCCCCCCCCUCCCUCAGGUGACCGUCCCUCUGCCCAGCUCUCAGCUGUCUUUGCCAAACUUCGGCUCAGGUGGAGGUCAGCCUCUCCUGGCUCUGCCCCCGACUCCUCCCCAGGCUCAGCCCCCAAACAUCAGCCGGCAGCCCCCGGUGUCCCAGCCGUACCGAGGCAUCAUGGGCCCCAACCACAGCAUGAUGCAGCCCCCCACCAACAAGGUGAGACUUCCCCACGACCCUCAGACAAUCAGGGUUCGACAGUAAAAGUGGACUGUUACAUGUUUACAUGUGGACUCUGUGCAGAUGGACAUGGACCUGAAACUGUUUGGCAGCGGCAUGGAUGUGAAGCCUGGAACUCCUCCUGUCAGUGCCAGGAGCACCACCCCCACCUCCAGCCCCUACAGGUACCACACAGUAGACAUGUUGACAUGUGCAAAGUGUCUUGAUCCGAUUAAAAAAAAUUGGGGAUUGGAUAAUCUGAAUCCACUAUUUAUAUAGGUGCAAAAUCAAAUAAUCCAAUCAUGCACCAAGCUUUAUUCAGAUUAGAAGAAUUUGGACAUGCACAGAGCUGUCUAAUUUUGCUAGUGGCUCACUCCACCCAAUACAGGAGUUUUUCCCCUGUUAAAUAAUGUCACUAGAUGGCGCCCUUGCUUUCUUAUUUUACUGUUCUGUCAAAGGUUGCGCUGUGCGUGCAGAUUUGACAUCAUUACGCUGUAUGUACGCCUUGUUUUGUUAUCAGAGGAGCAGACACGGCACCUGCGGUUGUGUUUUAUGCCAGAGUGUUAAUAAUGAAACCUCCUGAGCUGACCUCAGUGAAUUAACUAAAGGCUAAAGACUGAAGAUUGAGUCAGGUAGGAGAGUCACGAUCGGAAUAUACAUGGACAUCUUAUGGAAUAACGAUCAGCAUAAACCACCCCUCUCAAUCGAAAUACAAUUUCUUUCGGAUUGAGUCGAAUUGUUCUGAUCGACAUGUUUACAUGACGCAUUUUUAUUGUGAUCAUUUGUGCCCAUGUAAACGCAGCUAGUGUCACACUUCUUAAACAGCCAACAGACACAGCUCUUUCUGUAAAAAUGUUUCACUCUCUGACCUUUCAUUUGUCCUUUUCGUAGUUAUGGGUGUUUUUUUAAUGUUGAUUUCUGCUCCUCCUCCUGCAGGGCCAGCUCCACGUCUCCUAGCAGUCAGUCCAGUAAGAUGAACAGCAUGUUGUACCAGAAGCAGUUUCAGCCCAGCUCUGCAGGCAUGAGGAUGACGCAGCACUUCCCCGGCCAGUUCAAUCCACAGGUGGAUGAAUAAUAAUAAUCAAAAAAGACACGGUGUAUUGAUGGUCUUUGUUUGAUGCUCUUGUCGGUUUUAAAACUCACUGUGACCUCUUACUUUCAGAUUCUGUCUCAGCCCAACAUGGUGUCCCCGCUGGUUCGACCCCCUCACGCUAACUCGUUUGCCGGAGGUGUUCAGCGCUCACCAAUGGGCCCUCCCAUGUCAGCCAAUGUGGGCGGCGGUCUUAUGCCCCAUCCCCGACCCCAGCACCCACAGCAUAGCCAGCACCCUCCUCGAGGACCUCCCGGUCCACCUCUCGGACCCCGGGGCACACAGGCGGCUCUAAAGGCAGAACAGGACCUGAAGGUCUGGGAUUAUAUUUAAUCUGAAUAGUGCUCAUAUUUGUCUCUGUUAUCAGAGACAGAAGCCACUGCACACUCGUUUGUAUCAGGGAGUUUUUAGGGUGUCAAUGUUUCUCUCGUGUCCGCAGGCCAAGCAGCGAGCCGAGGUGCUGCAGUCCACUCACAAGUUCUUCUCUGAGCAGCAGCAACAGCAGCAGCAGCUCAAAGCCCCACAGGUCAGUAAAGUGGGAGUAAAGCCCGCCCUCGAUGCCUCGGCCCCCAACCACCAGGCAGGAGUAGAGCGCCCCGAUCCUGACAAAGCCCCCGUCUCUGCGGCCAAACCCAUACGGACGGGCCCCAUAAAACCGCAGGCCAUCAAACCAGAAGAGGGCAAGUAAAGAGCAGCCCCCCUCUUCAGACGACGAAGAGAUGGAAGGAAGAGAGGAGGAGAGAGAGUCCGCCCCAUCACUCUGUCACCGCCUCACAUCAGCCCCGAGGGAGGGGGGACAGAGCAGGGGAGGAGGGUGGUCACUUAGAGGGGGCGCUGUCCUCCUCUUUCUCCCCCCUUGUCUCCCUGCAGGUGGGAGGGGCCUUUCAGUUGGAUUCUUCCAUCGUUUUUAAAACGGCUGCACGAGCUGUUCAUACGAAUCUACAGACGGUAGAUCAGAGAGCUGGAGGAGAGCGAGAAAAAGAUUUGCUGCUGAGUUUGCCAUUUUUCUAGAUUUGUGUUUUUGUUUUCUUUCUGAUAGAACAUGUUAGAGGAGGGAGAACCAAUCAGUUUGUUUUUGUAGGCAGAACAAUCUUGUUAAGGAGACGUCACUUUCUGUUCUCCAUUACUAAUCCUGAGGUUUGUGCGUCUCCUCACUCACUCAACGGUUUGAUCCACGGCGUCCCCACAGAGACAUGAUAUCACAGACUCUGUCCUCCUUUAGUUUCACUUUGAUUCAGACGGAAAUGUGAAAAUCGCAGCAGUUAAUUGACUUUACUGAUUGAGUUUUGAUUAGUCUGCCUGUGAGCCUUCGCUCCUGCCUUCUGUUCUCAUCUCCUGCCUGAGAAUUACUCGUGCGUGUGUGUGUGUGUUGGGGGAGGGAGGGAGGGGUGUGUGUGUGUGUCAGGUGUGUGCGUGUGUGUGUUUGUAGCUGGACCCCCCUGUAUAUUUAGCCAAAGGUUGAUGAUGUCACAGCCCUGAUGGAUGCUGUUACCGUGGCAGCAGAGUGUUGAGCGGGUUUCCUUUCAGCUGUCACACACCCUGUCACUGCUCACACACCAUCCUCAUCGUCUCACACACACAAACACACACACACACACUCAUCUACACUUACACCCACGUCACUGUAAAGCACCCAGACCUGCUGCUAUUGACUGAUCAGUGCCCUUAGCUAGCCGUUAGCAGGACAGGGCUAAUAAGAGGAAAGGGAGGGAGAGGAGCUUAAACAGUAGGAAUCAGUGAGUGUGUGUCUGAAGAAGAUGAAACCAGAAGACGCCUGAUGAUUUGGCGUCCAGGCAGAAGGACACGAGUUUAUUUGUCUUUGCUGAUGAGAGCGAUCAGUGCUGUUUCCUGUCUCCGCCUCACCUCCGCAGGCUCGCCAUCCGCCACUCACCGGCCCACAGUGCUUUCAUCUGGGAUUGUGGUAACAGGGGUCCUUCAGAUAUGUACAAUAGUGUGCACCCUGAGGUGAGAAGGGGGAGUCCUCCUCACCUCUAAACAAGCUGGGAGAGAGUCCUUGCUUUAGAGGAUGGAUGAGGGAGGGAGGGGGAUGAUUUUUUUUUUUCUUUUUCUCUUUUUUUUGUUUUAUUUUUUUGUUGAACUUGUACAGGGGUUUCAUCGCUGUAUUAAAGUAUGUACGGUCUUAUUUACAUUCUCUCGGUUUGGUUACAGAAACUAAUAAAAAUAAUAUACUGUU